AUGCCCCUGACAAGAGUUGUUGCUGAUGCACUUGCUGUGGUGACGAUUUGCCUUGUUGGUGCUCUGGUCCUUCUGGGUUUAUUUUGUACCAUUUAUUCAUUUUACUUCCACAAUCGUAUCCGUGGUCAAGGUCUUAUCCGGCUCAAUUAUUUUAGUGCUCCUUGGAUCAUCAGAAUUUUGUUAAUUUUUUUUUCAGUCUGGUGGGGUGCUGGAGAAAUUAUUCGGUUGAAUCUUUUAAGACGUGACGGUAGAGUCUUGGAUGCCCUCAGUUUGAAAUGGCAAGAAACUGUUUGCAAAUGCUACAUUGUUUCAAACCUAGGGUUUGCAGAACCGUGCCUGUUUCUCACCCUCAUAUUUCUUCUUCGAGCUUCUUUACAGAGGUCUGGAACUUUAAGCCAGAAAUGGAAUGCAAAAACAGCUGGUUGUGUUCUUCUAUGUGGUCUCCCGAUGUUUGUUCUUCAGCUCAUUGUUAUUUUAAUUGGACCAGAGUACGACAAGGAGAAUCGCUGGCACAAACUACCACCUUAUUUCAUUAAAGCUGCUGCUGCUUCUAAGACAAAGGACAAUGACAAUGUUGCUCUCUGCACUUACCCGCUGUUGAGUACCAUCUUCCUUGGACUUUUUGCCACCAUUCUAACUACAUACUUGUUCUGGCUUGGGAGGCAAAUUCUUCAUUUGGUCAUCAAUAAGGGUUUGCAAAAGAGAGUGUAUGCAUUAAUCUUUUCUGUUUCUAGUUUUCUUCCCUUGAGAGUUACUCUUCUUGGUUUAUCAGUCCUAUUUGAGCCAGAAAAACUUUUGUUCGAUACCAUUGCUUUCUUGGCUUUUCUUUCCCUUCUAUGUUGCACGGGGGUAGGCCUCUGCACGCUUGUGUACCUUCCUGUUGCGGAUUCUUUAGCGUUAAGGACUCUACAAAGAGAUAUAGAGGCUAGGAGGACUAGUGACUUAUACAACAAUGACACCAUUUCACUAAUUGCUAAUCAAAGCCCUCUUGAAGAAAGUGUGAUAAGAAGUCCCAGGGGGAAUUCGGAUGCUUCAGUUUCUUUCAGCACAACAGAAAAUGAUGCAGUAGCCUUUGUGGAACUGAGCCGUUUCGCUUCUAUUCAGCAUUGA